AGUAAUACUAAUAAUGUGUAAAUAACAAAAAUAAUUUAUAACAUUUAAAAAAAGGGGAAGGGACUAGGGUGUUUCCAUAGACUAGACGGAUGAUCCAUGUUCGGAGACUGUAAAGUCAUGGCGUCCACCUACCACAGAGCAAGUCAUAUGCUGACGUGGAUAUGGGAUAGAUGACGGCAUCCUGAGAAGCAAUCGCUGCUUCGAGGAAACAGUCCUUUUUGCUCAAAUGAUCAAUCCCCCCGACUUCCAGAACCCACACAAAUCUGCCAAACAUUUUUUUUCACCAUCUCCGCUCUUUCAUUUUCGCCAUACCCCACGUGCCAUGUCACGUGCCGUUCCUUUGAGGAAUCCAACUUCAACAAAAAAAAUCAACGGCCAGGAUUUUCCCAAUAUUCUUCCUUUGACCACGUUGAAGCCACCAUAUAUACCACAAACUUAGGCACUCUUCUUCCCUUCUCACGAAAGCAAAUACCAACUCAUCUUUUCUUUUCCCAAUUCUGGUUGCCCCCCCUGGACAUGAGUGAAACCAUGUCUGGUCCUACCGAUUGGGCACAAUUUUAUCAGCAAAAUCUUUCUGUCCAGGAAGCACCGAAUCGUGGUCGCGUCGUGUCAUCGGAAUCAGCGUUUGGUGAUCAAGGCUCUGAUGCCACUGUUGUUACCACUACAAUCACCUCCAGCAGCGCGCCAAGCCCAUUAGCCUCCGGUCCAGCUGGUUCCAGUGCUGGCCAUUUGAGUCCCGAAGGCCGCGUUUCGAAGCCACUACGAAGACGAUCUAGGGCUUCGAGGCGAACCCCUACUACCUUGCUUAAUACGGAUACUACAAAUUUCCGAGCCAUGGUUCAACAAUUCACGGGUGGUCCUAGUGCCCCUUUUCCAGGCCACUCUGGUGGACCAAAUUUCGGGUUCGGUUUUGGAGGACGUCAACCCCAUGUUAACCCUGGUUCUCUGAUGAUUCCUCCAGGAGGAUUUCAUUUGCAAUAUCAACAGCAACAACAGCCUCAGCAACAACAUCAAUUCCAGCAGCAAAACCAGCCGUACAUGUUUUCACUGAGCAGCAAUAAUCCAGGGGCAGGGGACCUCUUCCUUCAGAGACUAGGGGGGAACCCGAGGCCCAACAUGGAAGGGUCGGAUGGGUUUGUUGUGGAGGGUGCUUCCUCACAGGUUCCACCUUCUAGAACACCUUCCUCCAAUGAGAAUAGGAGUAACGCUACGUUCAUGUUUUGAGAGAGACAUAAAGGAGAAAGUUAGGUACUGACUUGUCUUAGGGAGAAACAAUUGACCAAUGUAAAUAUUGUUUUACUUAACACCUUUUUUUUUUUUCUUCUUUUAUGCCAAUGUUUAUUGCUAGAUAGACUCCACCGUUUGAAGUUGGGAGUUUCUUUAUAGUAAUCAAGGGGGUGAAGGAUUCUUGUUUUCAAAAACCAUGGGCCAACAGUGGGAAUUGUUGAAUCGAAUUUGUUGAAAUAGGGAUCAUCUAUAUGAUAUUGCUAUAAUUUCAUUUCUUUUC